AGGAAACGGAGUAACCUGCAGGUGAAGCAGCUGGGAGUUUACACAUUAAAUUAGGUUACAGCGAGUAGUUUACAGUAAGGAAGACUGUAUUCAAUCCUUGAUGGCUAUGGUUGAAGCAGUUGAGGUGAUGGCAGGCAGGUUCAGAGGAUGUAUGGUUGGAGCACUGAUGGGCGAUUGUCUCGGUGCCCCAUUUGAGGGAGAGUCUCGUGCUACACGCUCCAUUCUCACUUCAUAUUUUAAAAGACUUAGUGAUCCAGACCUUAAAGUGCCAUACAAGCAGUAUACAGAUGAUACUGCAAUGACAAGGUGUGUGGCCCAGUCCCUAAUUGAAAAGAAAGGAUAUGAUGCCACAGAUAUGGCUAAAAGGUUUGUAAAGGAGUUCUAUGCAGAACCAAGACGAGGGUAUGGCAGCAAUGUUGUUGAUGUAUUUGCUGCCCUACGUGCCUCAAAGUUCAAAGACGUCUAUGGUCCAGCAGCAAUUCAGUUUAGUGGAAGAGGCUCGUAUGGAAAUGGAGGUGCUAUGAGGGUUGCACCUAUUGCUCUUUACUGCUAUGCUACCAAAGGACAGGAGCUGGUAGAUAUAGCGCGAGACAUGGCACUCAUCACGCACUCUAACAGGCUUGGCUAUAAUGGUGCAGUUCUACAGUGCCUCGCUGUGUAUGAAGCUCUCUGCACCCCUGAGAAUAAGCUGGAUUCUGUGAAGUACAUUGAAAAUCUCAUAACAAAAAUGAAGGAGAUUGAAACACCUACAGAUGAUGAUAUCACAGAUGAGGGAGAAGAGCCUUAUGUUUAUGUGAAGAGGCUUGAAAAAGUAUUGGAAUUAAUGGAGCAUGGGGACUCUGUCAGCCGAGAACGAGUUGAAGAUGAAUUGGGAGUUUAUAUUUCUGCCCACAUGUCUGUUCCAACUGCCAUCUAUUCAUUUGUAAGAGCAACAACUCCUAUUGCUGAAAUUGAGACUGAAAAUGAGUUCCAGAGGACACUGCAGUUUGCUGUAAGUUUAGGUGGGGACACAGAUACAAUAGCAUCUAUGGCUGGAAGCAUUGCAGGUGCGUACUAUGGGAUCAGCAAGAUCUCGGCCAACCUUCAGAGGCAUUGUGAAGCUCUGUCAGAUGCAGUACGACAAGCGGAUGAUAUUUUCAGUCUUUGUGGCUCUUAAGCUACCAGCUUUAUGAAUUUAAUUGCCAGUAUUAUGAGUAGUAUGUUAUGGAAUUCAGCAUUUUUUCUUUCUGUAUGAUAUUUUCCAAAGCUGAAUUCUAGAUAUGUUAUUAAUGACUUAUUUUAAAUGACUAUACUGUGCCAAUGCAGAUUUUAGUGCAUUUUAUUAUAUUGGGUACAGUAUUCAUGUGACAAAUGUACUGUUAAAGUUUUUGUUAUUCACUCCACAUUUACAAAGGUCAUGAUGGUAAUUUCUUCAGGAUUUUAGUUUUUCAUCAACAUUGAUCUUAGUCAAAUCUUUAAAAUUUGUGUUCCUUAAUUGUAGGAUGCAACUAUUUUUGUAGUAUUUUAAGUACAGUAUGUGUAUUUCAGAUAUUAAUGUUUGUACAAAAAUUAAACAAAUACUGUACUGAAUUGUAAUUUAAUUGAAUAUUGAGUAUAGUUAAUUUUCAUUUGUUUUUUGUUUAAUAUUUACUUAAUGACACUAAUUAGUCAAACUCGUGCCUUGGUUCCUCCGAGACAUUGUCGGUGGUCAUAAAUAGACUCGUCUCUUCCUGUUUAGUGACUACAGUAAUAGUUUUUUUUACUUGUUUAAAAGUUCUAUAAGACCAUACAAUUAAAUCACAAUUAUUGAAGACUAUCACCCCUUGACCCUCAAGUGUGAAAGCUCCCAUUUACAUAGUGCUGUCAACUGUUAAAAUCAAAGCAAUCCUGUACUUGCAACAUAUAGAAUUAUCAUGUCAGAUGAUAGAAUCAUCUGUUAUGAAAUGAAAUAAAACUUUGGCAAAAAACUAAUUUAC